AAUAGUUUGUUUUUUUUAUUUAAAUAUACAAAUUGGAUAUUUUUCAUUAACAAUCAGCGAUCCUUCUCGUAAUCAGUCAAAUCAAACUUCAAUCCAUCUUCACCGACAAUAUCGCCGGAAUGGACGAAUCCACGACAGAGCCACCACAUGAACCGCCGUCGUCGGUGGAGAGAAGUUACUGGAGGAGGUGGAGCAAGCAAGACGUUUUUCCAGAAGAGUCAUUCCGGGACUGUUCUUCGUACAAAUAUGCGUUGUCGCAAACGUGUUCUCGCCUCAAGGACCGUUUAUUGGACCGUUCCUCCGACGCCAAUGAGCUCUUCGAACUUCCUAAGGUCAGCGAAGUCGGGAUGAAGAAAUGUCUCACUUGGUGGGACUUGAUUUGGCUCGCUUUUGGCUCUGUUGUUGGUUCUGGUAUUUUCACGAUCACUGGCCUCGAAGCUCGCGAUGAUGCUGGACCUGCAAUUGUGGUCUCUUACGUAGUUUCGGGGCUCUCUGCGUUGCUCUCUGUCUUCUGUUAUACUGAAUUCGCUGUUGAAAUUCCCGUCGCCGGAGGGUCCUUCUCGUUUCUUCGCAUCGAAUUGGGGGAUUUUAUUGCGUUUAUCGCCGCGGGGAAUAUCUUCUUGGAGGCGAUUGUUGGUGCGGCUGGACUCGGUCGGUCUUGGUCUUCCUAUUUUGCGAGUAUGAUCAACACUGAUAACCCUGAUUUUCUUCGGAUUAAGGUGAAUUUCUUGUCGGAAGGGUUUAAUCUUCUUGAUCCAAUUGCUGUUGUAGUGCUUCUUGUUGCUAAUGGUAUUGCUAUGAGUGGAACGAGGAGGACAUCUUUCUUGACAUGGAUAACUUCUGUGCUUAGUACUUUCCUAAUUUUCUUUGUGAUUGUGGUUGGAUUUAUGAGAGGGAAAUCUUCAAAUUUGGUACCCUUUUUCCCUUUUGGUGCGAAGGGUGUUUUUCGAGCUGCAGCUGUUGUUUACUGGUCUUAUACUGGAUUUGAUAUGGUGGCCACCAUGGCUGAGGAAACCAAGCAACCUUCAAGGGAUAUACCGGUGGGCUUGAUUGGAUCCAUGUCUAUGAUCUCUGUGAUCUAUUGCUUGAUGGCCUUGUCAUUAACAAUGCUGCAAAAGUAUACGGAGAUAGAUAGGAAUGCAGCCUUUUCCGUUGCAUUUGAUAAAAUUGGGAUGACAUGGGCUAAAUACUUAGUUAGCAUAGUUGCUAUCAAGGGAAUGACUACAAGCUUGCUGGUGGGAUCUAUGGGACAAGCUCGCUACACCACACAGAUUGCUAGAGCCCAUUUGAUUCCACCCCUUUUCGCCUUGGUUCACCCGAAAACGGGAACUCCCGUAUAUGCUACACUUUUGACGACCAUAACUAGUGCAAUUGUUUCAUUUUUCUCUAGUUUGGAUGUCUUAUCAACUGUUUUUUCAUUCAGCACACUUUCCAUUUUUAUGCUUAUGGCUGUUGCAUUACUUGUAAGGAGGUACUAUGUUAAGGACACAACACCAAGAAGCGAUUAUAUCAAGUUUCUGAUUUUGUUGUUUCUGAUCUUUGGUUCUUCUAUAGCAUUGACAGUAGUUUGGAAUUUGGAUAGGCAAGGAUGGAUAGAAUAUGUUGUUCCUGCCUCUAUUUGGUUCCUUAGCACGUUGGCUAUGUCGUUCCUUCCCAAGUACCGAUUGCCGAAAGUUUGGGGUGUCCCUCUUGUUCCCUGGCUCCCAUCACUGUCUAUAGGGAUGAAUCUCGCUCUUAUUGGAUCUUUGGGUCGCACGGCGUUCUUAAGGUUCUUCAUUUGCAGCGCAGUAAUGCUUCUGUACUAUCUGUUCGUUGGCCUUCAUUCCACAUAUGAUGUAGCUCAUCAAGAUGGCUUGGGAUCCCAAAAUGAGGAGAGAAAAGAGAACGCUAGUAGGGUGGUAUGUUAGAUGUUGCAUUAUUUUAAACUGUAAAUAGCAUUCUGAUUCUCGAUUGCUAUGAUGUCCAUUUUCGGCUUUUCUUCAACUACAAAUGUAUGUUCUUUUGUUGGUUAGCAAGAUGAGUCAUUUCUAGUAGGAUAAGGAAAUGUCAUCUUAUGAAACACAUGUUGUUUAUGCAGAUCUGUUCAAUAAUUUAUGUUUCUGGUUUACUGGUUU